AACUUCCGAAUAAUUCUUCUGUUGAACUCCCAUCCGGUGAUACCCAACAUGGAGGAGAAGAAAAUCGAUCAAUAUGCCCUUGCUGAGGAUGUGGAUGAAGGGCAGGCCUCGGGCAGGAUCGACCAGAGUCUACAUCGUCGGCUGGGGAACCGCCAGAUCCAGCUGGUGGCCAUUGGAGGCUCGAUUGGCACUGGCCUCUUCAUUUCCAUCGGCUCGGGGCUGUACAAAGGGGGGCCGGGCAGUCUCCUCGUGGCCUUCAUCAUCCAUUCCAUCAUGGUCGGCUUGCUGAACAAUUGCCUCGCCGAGAUGACUACAUAUAUGCCGGUCAGUGGUGGCUUUAUCAGACUGGCAGGCAAGUGGGUGGAUGAAGCCUGGGGCUUCAUGGCCGGCUGGAACUUCUUCAUCUAUAUGGCUCUGACGGUGCCAUUUGAGAUCUGCGCCCUCAGUUUGCUGAUUGAGUAUUGGCGAAGUGACGUUCCCGUCGUUGCCGUCUGCUUGGUUUGUAUUGCCAUCUACGCAGCGUUCAACCUCCUUGCCGUCGGGACCUACGGAGAAGCUGAAUUCUGGCUGAGUGGAGGCAAGGUUGUCCUGAUCAUCAUCCUCUUCUGCUUCACCUUCAUCACCAUGGUCGGCGGCAAUCCACAAGGGGAUGCUUAUGGCUUCCGCCACUGGCAACAUCCGGGGGCCUUUGCGGAAUAUGCCACUGACGGGCAAUUGGGUCGAUUUGAAGGCUUUCUGGGCGCUCUAUGGAUCAGUCUGUUCAUCAUUGUCGGGCCCGAGUAUAUCUCCAUGGUCUCUGCCGAGGCCAAGCAUCCCCGGAUCUACAUCAAGAACGCCUUCAAGACGGUCUAUUGGCGCUUUGCCAUUUUCUUCAUCGGCGGCAGUCUGUGUGUCGGCGUUCUCAUCGCCUACAACGAUCCUCUCCUGGUCAGCGCCAUCACCAGCGGCACAUCGUCUUCUGCCGCCUCACCCUAUGUGAUUGCGAUGGAGAACUUGGGCGUCACGGUCCUCCCAGACAUUGUCACGGCCCUCAUGGUGACUUCUGUCUUUUCGGCGGGUAACACCUAUUCCUACGCUGCCACUCGAGCCCUGCACGGCCUGGCAGUGGCCAAGCAGGCACCCCGGAUCUUUGCAAAGACGACGCAAAAGGGUGUGCCUAUCUACAGCUACAUCGUCGUCAUGGCCUUUUCCUGUCUGUCCUUGCUGCAGUUGUCGAACGGUUCAAUGAAGGUGCUCGACUGGCUCAUCGACCUGACGACUGCCAACAUCAUGAUCGACUAUAUUGUCAUCACCACAACCUACAUCUGCUUCUAUCAUGCCUGCCAGGCGCAGAGCUUUGAUCGUUCUGCACUGCCAUACACGGGUCGCUUCCAGCCAUACAGUGGCUAUAUCUCGCUCGUCUGGAUGGUCGCCAUGGCGGGCGGCUUUGGCUACCAAAGCUUCAAGCCCUGGAGCACUGCCGACUUCUUCCUCGACUACACCAUGGUGCUGCUGGCUGUGAUUACCUUCUUCUUCUGGAAGAUCUCCAAGAAAACCAGAUGGCUGCGCCCGACCGAGGUGGAUUUGGUCUGGGAGGCCGACUUUAUCGCCGCAUACGAGGAGACCGAGGAGGAACAGCCCACGGGCUUCUGGCGGGAGAUGGUCAAGAUGCUGGGCUUACGGAGAUUCUUCCGUUCAAGUGCCCCCAGCAGCUCUUGAUUUCCUGGUAGGGGAUUUGGCAUGUUGUUUUCCUUGCGUCUUGAAGUACAUAUAAGCAUUACAUGCAAUUCACUAUAACCUGGUUCAAAGUUUCAUUGUGCGUGAUGCAUUAAGAAAUCAAUACCUCUUCUCAC